AACAUCCUGGUCAUCAUGGCCGUGUCCCUGGAGAAGAAGCUGCAGAACGCCACCAACUACUUCCUGAUGUCCCUGGCCGUCACCGACAUGCUGCUGGGCCUGCUCGUCAUGCCCGUCUCCAUGGUGACCAUCCUUUACGGAUACAGCUGGCCCCUGCCUGCCACUCUCUGCCCAAUCUGGAUCUAUCUGGACGUGCUCUUCUCCACGGCGUCCAUUAUGCAUCUGUGCGCCAUCUCACUGGACCGCUACAUCGCCAUCCGCAACCCCAUCCAGCACAGCCGCUUCAACUCCCACACCAAGGCCUUCCUGAAGAUCAUGGCCGUCUGGACCAUCUCUGCAGGGGUUUCCAUGCCGAUCCCGGUCAUGGGUCUGAAGGACACCUCCAAGGUGCUCAGGGAGAGCAGCUGCCUGCUGACGGACGACAGCUUCGUGCUGAUUGGCUCCUUCGUGGCGUUCUUCAUUCCCCUCACCAUCAUGGUGGUGAUGUACUUCCUGACCAUCAGCGCCCUGCAGACGGAGGCCACGCUGUGCCUGGACCAGCUCGUGCCCCGGCCCCGCUGGGCCCUCAGCGUCCUCCCCCCCGCCCCGCUCUCCUCCGAGAAGCUCCUCGGCCGUCUGCUGAGCGGGCGGGGCCGGGAGCCCGAGGCGGGCCACGCCUUCGGCCGGCGGGCCAUGCAGUCCAUCAGCAACGAGCAGAAGGCCUCCAAGGUGCUGGGCGUGGUGUUCUUCCUGUUCGUGGUCAUGUGGUGCCCGUUCUUCGUCACCAACGUGCUGGCGGUGGUGUGCAAGAGCGCGUGCGACGCCGACGUCAUGGCGGGCCUGCUCAACGUCUUCGUCUGGGUGGGGUACCUGUCCUCCGCCGUCAACCCGCUGGUCUACACGCUCUUCAACAAGACCUACCGCUCGGCCUUCGCCCGCUACGCGCGCUGCCGCUACAGGGAGGAGAGGAAGCCCCUGCAGCUCAUCCUGGUCAACACCAUCCCCCCGCUGGCCUACAGCUCCUCCCGGCUGCCCCUGGGGCUCGACAGCCCCGUCAGGAACGGCGGCUGCAAGGCGCGGGGGCAGGCCAGGUCCGUGGUGACUCUGAGGACAAACGCCUCCAACGCCAGAGGGGAGCACAUCAGUCACGUAACCCCGAGCGCGCCUGAGCUCUCAGGGCAGCAGAAGAAGCUGAGGGAGUCGAGCCGUGCGGAGGGGUUCGUGAACGUCUCUUACCUGAGGAAACCUGCCGAGGCCAAGUGGGUGGACAGUGAUUGA